AUGUUGCUCGACCUACAGGCCCAGCUGGAGGAGGAGGUGCGGGCCCACGAGCAGCAGCAGGAGGAGCAGGCAGCGCUGGAGAGACGGGUCACAGUGCUGCUGGGCGAGGCGGAGGAGACGCGCGCCGCCUUGGACAGUUCUGAGAGAAACCGCAAGACUCUGGAGAACCAGGUCCAAGAGGCCAACGACAAAUGCAGCCACCUCAGCACCCAGCUCCAGAAUGCCCUGAGCGUGCGGAGGAAGCUGGAGGUGGACGUCCAGACUUUGCAGCAGGAGCACGAGGAGGUCCAGGCUGAGCUGCGGGGGUCAACGGAGAAGACCAAGAAAGCUCACGCUGAGCUGUCCAGAGUGAGUGAGGAGCUGCGUGUGGAGCAGGAGCACUCUCUGCAUCUGGAGAGGGUGAAGAAGAGUCUGGAGGCCCAGAUCAAAGACCUGACCACACGGCUGGACGAAGCUGAGCAGAGCGCUUUCAAGGGGGGCAAGAAGCUCACCCAUAAACUGGAGGCCAAGAUAAAGGAGCUGGAGGCGGAGCUGGAGGCGGAGCAAGCCCGUCACUCUGACACGGUGAAGAGUCUGAGAAAGAACGAGAGGCGCCUCAAAGAGCUGCUGUUCCAGAGCGAGGAGGACCACAAGAACCAGGCCCGACUGCAGGAGCUGGUGGAGAGGCUGCAGAGCAAGAUGAAGGCCUACAAGAGACAAGUGGAGGAGGCCGAGGAGCAGGCCAACAUGAACCUGACCAAGUACAGGAAGAUGGUGCACGAGCUGGACAACGCAGAGGAGCGCGCCGACAUCGCAGAGUCCACCCUCACCAAGAUCAGAACCAAGCGCCGAGGCAGCUUCAGCAAAGGAUACUCCUCAGGCUACAGCACGCCGUACCCUGGGAUGGUUCGCUCCAACAGCUCCGUCUGCUCUGACGGACACGGAGACAAGAUCCUCAACGACGACAACGAGUCCGUCAGCUCCCUCAUCCCGGCCUAUCUCAACUCUCUGCAGAAACUCAUGAUCGACUAG